CUUUACACCGCUUUCUUUAAGAAAAAUGUUCUGGAAAAACUGCAGGACAUGGACGCUAUCCUUUCCAUCUUAAAAUCUCUUGGCUACGAAAAGACGCUGGAUGAAGACCAAGUUCAAGUGAAAGAAUCAGUCGAUGCAGUUCGUGCUCUGUGGGUUUCUUUGGACCUCUUUCUUGUUCAACUUGAUUUACAGAUUAUCAAGGAAAUCAUGGACAAUUUCACUGAUAGCAAAUUGUCGCUAANAUCCUUUCCAUCUUAAAAUCUCUUGGCUACGAAAAGACGCUGGAUGAAGACCAAGUUCAAGUGAAAGAAUCAGUCGAUGCAGUUCGUGCUCUGUGGGUUUCUUUGGACCUCUUUCUUGUUCAACUUGAUUUACAGAUUAUCAAGGAAAUCAUGGACAAUUUCACUGAUAGCAAAUUGUCGCUAAAGCACUUUAUCAAGGCGCGGGCAAGAACAUGCAGUGUAAAGGACGCUUGCCAGGUUCUUUCCGCUGCUGCGGCCAAGCGAGCAAAAACUGAAAAGGUACAAGACAGCGGAACUUCCUCUCAGAGGCAGCUGACGCCAACGAAGAUUGGAGACAUGAACACCACUGAAGAUGUUAUUCACGUACCAGCUUAUGCUGUUUCAAGUGCCGAUUCAGAAUCUAAGAAUUCUGAUCUGUCAGCUGUUACCGAGACCACAGCAAUGGAUACCGACGAGACUUUGACUGUUACUGAAGGAAUCACAUCAGUGUCGUCUUCUGGUACAUAUACACGUUCCAGGGUCGAUGCCAUUCACGGGUAUGUACCCUCCAGUAAGCACCCUGCACCAUUUAUGGGUAUGAAUAUUAAUGAUCGAGAUUUGUACGGUGCACACGCUGAAGAAAACCAACUUGAGACAAAACAAGAACGUUUCGUUGCACCUCAUGGUACAUCAGACCAAAAUCGGUAUCUACCUGAAUUUGAUGGCACUAAACUUAUGGUGGAUAGAUCGGAGUUAACUUCUCAGUCACUUCCCCACCUGGGAACCGCAACUUCGCCACUCCCAAAUUAUCGGUAUUCCACUCAGAUCAACAGACAGGUUAACUGGAGGGACCGUCACGGAAUUAUUGUUAACGUGCAGAGUGGUAGAGUACCAGCAUCGACCAGAAUCCCAACUUAUACUCAUACAACUGAUACCGAGAUUAAUACUAGCACUGGAAGGCAAGUCCAAGGGUCUUACAGGUCCGAUAAGUACUCUGGCCUGCCAGACAUACAGGGUGCAGCCAGACAUCAGUUUGCAUCUAACGAAUCUUUCCAAUCCUAUCGUCAAAAAGAGACUGAAACUCAGCAGAAGAACUCGACUGCCGUGGGAGAUCGAAGAAAACUACCCGCUGGUGAGCCAAUGGAAGUGGAACCGUCGGAGACAACAGCAAAUCACGUAGAGAAUUUCAAUUUUAAUUCAAGAAAAAUGACUGAAGGACCAUAUGCCGGACGUGAAGCUCAGUCUGCUGUUUCUGAAUACAACCCUCGGCCUUCUCGGUCAAACGAUGUCGGUGGAGGUGCAUAUUCCACACCCAAAGCUCAGUCUGGAGUUUCUGAAUACAACCGUGGACGCGAACGGUCUUCUCGGUCAAAAGAAUCGACUGGCGGAACAUUUUUCAGUUCUGAAGCUCAGCCUGGUGUUUCUGAUUUAAACAAGAAUUUGCAUAAUAACUUGACACUCGCGAACGGUGCUUCCAAAGAAGCAGCUGUACGGAGCACCAGCGCAAAGGAGGCUACUCCCUAUGGAGCUGGGACCAUAAGAGUAGAAUAUCUACCUGGUAGAGAUGAUGCAGCUGUGUCCCAAUCAAAUUCGUCGCCCCUGCCAAAUGAUGUCACUGGUGCACGUCCAGUCGAUGGUCGUGGUUAUUCUUUGUACAAGAGGGAAGAAAAUGGUUUAUCCAAUGACGUCCGACGGAACACGCAUAUUUCCACAGGUAGCAGUGCCACCCGAUUCCUUCAGGGUCAGAGAAAGGCAGAUGAAAAAUUUCCGGAGUUUAAAUCGAAAAGGGAUGAUUAUUCUGAAAGAUCUGGAAAGGAUCAUCUUCAUGGAACUGAAGCUUUGUCGGUAAAGAAGAAUCGACAAUCUUCUGAUGGGGCAGGGACGACAAGCAAUCUCAGUUCAGGGGAUAAACCUACAGUAUGUAGUCAUUGCAUGCGGCCAAAAGGAGAGCUCAUCUGCCAAAACUGUCUUUUGAUUAUGUGUAAGGCAUGCGACAAAAUCGCCGAAACUGAUCUCUGUGAAAGAACCAAAGGCAAGCAUGUCUUUAUGGAAUUAAAAGAUGGAGGUGUGAGCAAGAAAACUGAAAACUCAAGCGAUACUACCUCAUCCAAUCAACAACUUUUCAGCCCUGUUUACGAAGGAAAUGAAUGGUCAUGUUCCCGAUGUACUUUCCUUAAUCAACUGGAGCAUAAAAUAUGUGUCAUGUGUGGUGCAACUCGUGGCGUCGGCGAUGUGGAGAAAUCGAAACCUGGCAGUAGAGUGUGCGGGAAAUGCACUUUUCACAACGAACAGGAUGCAACCGUGUGUACAGCGUGUUACAAGACUUUGAACAAAUCAGAAUCAUUUGUGUAG